UCAACAGGUUUUACAUAAACUAAUUCAUGCACUCUUCGGCGUCCAUUGUCGAUCGUUUCUUCUUGAUUCGUUCCGUGCUUCAUUUCCACGAUUUGUUUUUGAUGGUAAACUGUAUCCUCUUUCUUGUUCGCCAUCACUUAUUCACUGAGCCAACACUAUUCCACAGCGACAUGGGAAAGCCCACCCUCAAGUUCAUGCUCAAUUUCCAUUAUUUGCUAUCUUGAUUCUUGAACCAGGAGUUUGCGACUGCCAUCUAAAUCUAACUCCAAGAACCAGUAAUUGCAUCGAGGAUACGUGCUUCUGGCAAUCAGCGCUGCAAGAUCUCAUGCCUCGGCAUUUCCCCUUUCUUCCCAGUUCAAUUAGGGUUUCUCUUAAUUCGCUGUAUUUUGUUGUUCAAGAGCUUCCCGCAAUCCAUCGGUGACAGGCACCGGUGAGCCCGAAUUGACGGUCUGUCGGGUGAGGAGUUGAAAGGAAUUCUUGUUUCAGGGAAAGAAGGGGCGGAAUCGAGAUGGGGUGGGGGAGGGUGGUGUACGAGGGAGUCGUGGCAAUAGGGUCGCUUUUGCUUUUGGGUUGGGGCGGUUUGUGGUUCUUGAACAGGCGGCUUUACAAGGAGUACGAAGAGAAGCGGGUGUUGGUUCAGAUCAUUUUCAGCGUUGUGUUUGCCUUUUCUUGUAAUCUUUUCCAGCUAGUCCUCUUCGAGAUUAUUCCCAUUCUCUCCAAAGAUGCUAGAAGGAUGAACUGGAAGGUGGAUUUGUUUUGUCUGAUACUGCUGCUCGUCUUCAUGUUGCCAUACUAUCAUUGCUAUCUCAUGCUUUGUAACAGUGGUCUUAGGAAGGAACGGGCUUCACUUGGUGCUGUAAUAUUCUUGCUGGCUUUUCUGUAUGGUUUUUGGAGAAUGGGUGUUCAUUUUCCUAUGCCCUCUCCAGAUAAAGGAUUUUUCACCACUCCCCAGUUGGUUAGCAGAAUUGGAGUUAUUGGUGUUACUGUCAUGGCUGUUUUAUCUGGCUUUGGAGCAGUUAAUUUGCCAUACAGCUAUCUUUCUCUCUUUAUUAGAGAAAUUGAUGAAUCAGAAAUCAAGUCAGUUGAGAGGCAGCUAAUGCAGUCUAUUGAGACUUGCAUUGCAAAGAAGAAGAAAAUUAUUCUCAGCCAAAUGGAGAUAGAGCGAAAACAGGGAUCUGAAGAGAAUUCAAAUAAUAGGUCCUUCCUAAAGAGGUUAGUAGGAACAGUUGUCCGAUCCGUUCAUGAUGACCAAAAGGAGCAAGAUAUUAAAACCACGGAAGCAGAGGUACAAGCAUUAGAGGAGCUCUCCAAGCAACUUUUUCUGGAAAUCUAUGAGCUUCGUCAAGCUAAGGAAGCUGCUGCUUAUUCAAGGACCUGGAAGGGUCAUAUGCAGAACUUUCUGGGCUAUGCUUGUUCAGUAUAUUGUGUAUAUAAAAUGAUAAAGUCUUUGCAGAGUGUUGUAUUUAAGGAGGCUGGUUCUGUUGAUCCUGUGACUAAGACAAUCAGCAUACUCCUGCAAUUCUUUGAUAUAGGCAUCAAUGUAACUUUAUUAUCACAGUAUGUUUCUCUUUUAUUCAUCGGGAUGCUGAUAGUAAUAUCUGUUAGGGGUUUCUUGUCAAAUUUGAUGAAGUUCUUUUUUGCAGUUUCAAGAGUUGGAAGUGGAUCUUCAAGCAAUGUUGUUCUUUUCCUCUCUGAGAUAAUGGGGAUGUAUUUUGUCUCUUCCAUAUUGUUGAUUCGGAAAAGCUUGGCAACAGAAUACAGGCUGAUAAUAACCGAUGUAUUGGGAGGUGAUAUUCAGUUCGACUUCUACCAUCGAUGGUUUGAUGCCAUAUUUGUUGCCAGUGCAUUCCUCUCCCUGCUUCUUCUCUCUGCACAUUACACUUCACGUCAAGCCGACAAGCAUCCUAUCGAUUAACUCUUAGCUCAGUUCGUCCCACCCCUUUUCACAAACAGUAUUAUUGUAAUCUUCCAUUCCUCCCUUCCCAGUUUCUGUUUGCAUUUUCCUUCUCAUUCUAUUCAUUAUUUGCAUCUCCAGAUUUUGUUCCAUGGGCAGGUUUGGUUGCAACAUUUGUUCCCAAAUUCUCUCAUCUAUAUCCAUAAUAUUGACACUGCUGCAUGUUUAUGUACAUUGGUUAUGUUUGGGACUUCCAA